AUGAGAAUUAUUGCGGCUUUGCUUAUUUCAGUUGCACUUGCAUCUUUUCCGUUUGAUUUAACUGCAAGCUAUGAGUAUUACUUAUUUGUAGUCCAAUGGAAGCCAACUGACUGCCUUAAUAAAUCUUGCCCAAGUGGGUACUUAUCAACUAACUUCAACAUCCACGGACUUUGGCCUGAAAAUUGGUCCGGCACAUACCCUCAAGACUGUGUCCCUAAUUAGCCAUUCGGUAGUAUUUACCUCCAUUAUCCGGUAAUGAAGACUUUGUGUGUCUUCCCGAUGGGUAUUUGCGAAGAAACUUUUUACUUGAGGCACUAAUGGUGAUGACGAAUGCUUAGUUGAUACAGAUAGUGGCUAGGGAUUUAUCACUAGUUGUAACUCCAGUCGUUUAAGCAGCAGCUGCCAAGUCCUUAAGCAGUGUGCUCCGAGACUUAGAGAAAGAAUAAAGAAACCGGAAUAAGCUAUCUCUGAUGGAAAUGCUGACAUAUCCCAGAGAGAUUCGCUCGUAGCUGGAAAAAAAAAUUCAAGGCAUUUUUCAGUGAAAUAAGCUCUAUUCUUUAAUUAGCCUAACCUAGCCCUAAUUCGCCAUUAAACAUCACUACAAGUACAGAAACAGAACUUAAAAAAUACUGGCAAUCAAAUAAUGGAGACUCCAAAACUUUCUGGACCCAUGAAUGGACAAAACAUGGGACUUGCAUUACUCCCUCUAUACCAUGCAAUUCAUAUUUCGACAAAGGAGUAGCCCUUUAUAAACAAUUAAACAUUCUCAGCACUUUAAGCGCAGGAGGAGUCAAGCCAGGCACCUCAGAAGUCUCAAAGGACGCUUUUAUAAAGGCACUUAAAUAUACGGUUGAUACAACAUGCUCCACCAUUAAUUCAAAAAGUUAUCUCAAAGAAGUCAGAUUUUGCUUUGAUAAAAAUUAUAGCCAAGUGAACUGCAAAGGUACUUCAACCUGCAAGACGAGCUUUUAUUUCGUAAGUAGCUAA